AUGAAGAUCACUUCCGUGACUGGCAUUAGAAGACACCAGGCAUCUUAUGAACAGCCUCCGAAUCCACCUUCUAAUUUUGGAGCAAAACAGAACCGGCCUCUCUCCAUAGGAACUGAAGACGUCCCUGAACCUGUCACCAUUUUGGUACAUGAGAAUCGGUCUCUGACCCCGGGGGGUUUCACCAUCCUAAUGCCAACAGUGCCUGUUGGAAAUGUUGGCCAGCUUGUAAUAGAUUGGAUUAUUUCUAUGCUGCAUAUGUGUAAGAUUGGUUACUUCUACACCACUUCUCUUGGGCAGAUGGUUGGAAACUGUCCAUAUGCAACUGCAGAAGUAAAUUCAAUAGAACUCAGUACAGAUGCUGAAGUAUAUUCAUUGCCUUCAAAAAAGCUGGUGGCUCUUCAGUUAAGAUCCAUUUUUAUUAAGUACAAAUCAAAGCCAUUCUGUGAAAAGCUGCUUUCCUGGGUGAAAAGUAGUAACUGUGCCAAAGUUAUUGUUCUUUCAAGCAGUCAUUCAUAUCACUGUAAUGAUCUACAUUUCACAUUGGCAAGACUCCCUUCUGAUACCUGCUUACAUCUUUGGUGCAAAAAAACUGUUCAAAAUAAAAUAGAGACCCUUAACUGGGAAGAAAUGGAAAAAAGCCCAUGCAUUCCUGAAAUAGAUGAUUUUGAGUUUUGUAUCUAUAUUCCUGGAGGAAGUAUCACAAAAAUACUCUAUACUGAAGGUUGUUUUAAAGAAAUCCCAGAUGCGGUUCUGUUGAAAUUUGUUUCAGAAGAAGACAAUAUCCUAGAUGCAUUAAUUCUUCAGUAUCUUAGUGAAUGGCUUCACAUAAACCACGUUUACAGUGAUGACCCUAUAGCGUCUAUCUUGUGGUGGAUGCCAAGUUCAUGGAGAUUUCUCUUUGGAAGUGGUCUUCACCCUAGCUUUUCUGAUCUGUUUUCAGUUGUAUACCUAAUGUCCCAAGACACUUAA